AUGAAAGACAUUUCAGGAGAGGAACGAGAAAUGUUAUGUAUAACAUCUUGCGAUGUGAGCGUGCUGAAAAAUAAACAUUAUCUAUCUAUCUAUCUAUCUAUCUAUCUAUCUAUCUAUCUAUCUAUCUAUCUAUGUGGGUGUGGAUGGGGGGAUCAGCUGCCUAGCCGCUGCCUGAUCUUGUCCAGGGCAGAGCCUGAUGAGACAAACGGAUAUUUACGUCCUGUUCGGCGAGUCCGCGCUUUUCUUCUUGACAAACGCCGCGCACAGUAUUUGAACCCUCCUCCUCCUCUUCCAACCUAUUCGCUUUCCUCAUUAUUCCUUGUUUUGCUGGUUCUUAACGUACACCUUCCAUUUCACCGUCCAUUCUGCAACCCCUCCUCUUCGUCUACUCGUACCCACCCGUCGCCACCACGCCUCCAUUUAUUUUUCUCCCCUUUCUUCUCCAAUCCUAAUGUUUAUUUCUUUCCUUUAAGCCUUUCUCGUUAUUGCUCCCCACUAGUUUCUUUCUCGUUAUUUCUCACCCAUCCCAAAUGGUCGCCAGCACUUUUCUUGCCUUCUCCAUCAAUUUAUUUUCUAAAAUUCCUCUCUCCAUCAAAAUAA